AUGAGCCGAAACUCUGCAGGUGAAGAGGACCACCACCAAGGCACAUGGAGACUCAUUCUGGUCGGAAAAACCGGAGUGGGAAAGAGCGCAACCGGGAACACCAUCCUCGGAAGAAAAGAGUUUGAGUCACAGCUGAGCCCCUCCUCUGUGACGGCUCAAUGUCAGAAGGCUGAAGCAACGAUUGGUCAUCGAAACAUCGCUGUGAUCGAUACUCCGGGUCUUUUUGACACAAAUUAUACCCAGGAAGAAAUUGUGGAUCGAAUCAAAUAUUGCAUUUGUCUGUCUGCGCCCGGGCCACAUGCAUUUGUGAUUUGUCUCCAGCUCGGAAGGUUCACCAAAGAAGAGCAAGAGACUGUCAAAAUAAUCCAACGAAUCUUUGGAGAAGAGGCAGCGAGAUACACCAUCGUUCUGUUCACACGUGGAGAUGACCUGGAGGGUUUUACACUUGAGUCUUUCAUAAAGAAAGAUAAAGCUUUAUCAGAGUUUGUCAAGACGUGCGACAACCGCCAUCACGUCUUCAACAAUAAAAUCACAGAUCAGAAGCAAAGAGAUGAGUUUAUUAAAAAAAUCAAUAAAAUGAUCCAGAAUAACGGAGGAAGGUUUUACACCGCAGAGAUGUUCAGAGUAGCAGAGGAGGCCAUUAAGAAAGAGGAGGAGCGACUCCUAAAAGAGUCAAAAGAACAAGACAAGGAAAAGAUUCGGAGGGAGGCAGAGAAGGUAAAUGAGUUCAUGAUGUCCGGAGUCCUGGGUCCGAUUGGGAUGGUAGUAGGUGCGAUAGUUGGAGCAGUAACUCGAUGGAUAAGUGAAAUAGCAGAUCAGAAGUGUGUGAUACAGUGA